AUGAUCAAAAUAAUCAAAAUAAUUCAUAUUCAUAAUUCAACAUUAAAUAUUAUUUGUUCUGCAAUACCAGUUCUAUUAACUACAUAUAAACAAGCAUCUAUUAUUUUUGCAUGGCAACUUGAUCAAAUAUUAUUUUAUGAAAAUGAUGAUGAUUUAGCAUUGAAACAAAAUGAAGAACUUAUAUAUGGAACAUUAUCACAUCAUGCUCAAUUUAAUAAUGAUUCGAAUCUUAAUAUAAUUCCAUCACCAUUUAUUGGUCUUGAACGAAGUUUAAUAACUGAAUAUAAACGACAUCGAUUAAAACUUAUUGAUCUUCAAACAUCAUUAAAUAAUAAUAAUCAAUCAAUAUUUAUUCAUACUUUAGUAGAAUAUAUGAUUAAUUCAAGAUAUUCAACUGAUACUUGUGAAGUUGUUCUUCGUCUUAAUCAUACAAAUCAAAAUCAAGUUCAACAUUUAACAUGGCAUUAUGAAAUAUUACAAAAUAAUGAUGAAGAAGAGAACUCUAAAUACGAACAAAUUUCUAUUAUUCCUAAACGAGAUGCUGAUGAAAAAGCAUUUCGUAUUUGUGUACCGCCAUCUCGUUUUCUUUCUUCAUUAACAUGGAUUGAAGAAGAUAGAGAAAAAGAAUUAUUACCAUCAGAUAUGGUAGAAAUUCGUGUUCAUUGUGUUGGAAUUAAUUUUCGUGAUGUACUCAAAUCAUGUAGUCUUUAUCCAUAUACACGUAGUUUUGCAGAAUCUCAUGAAAAUCAACCAAAACUUGAUCGAGAUACAGAACCAGGUUCAGAUUUUGUUGGUACUAUUAUACGUGUAGGUCCUACAACAACUAAUUUUCAAGUUGGUGAUCAUGUUGUAGGUGCUACUAGUGAUGGUACAUAUCAUUCACAUAUUAUGAUUAAUUCACAACUUAUUGUACAUAUUCCAUCUGAAUGUCCACUUACUGAUGAACAAUUAUGUGGGAUGUCAACUCCAAUUUUAACAGUUAUAUAUUCUCUUAAAUAUCGUGUUCAUUUACAAUCUCAUCAAACAGUUCUUAUUCAUGCUGCAACAGGUGCUAUAGGUCAAUGGUGUAUUCAAUAUUGUCAAUAUAUUGGUGCUCGUGUUAUUGCUACAGUUGGAACUGAAGAAAAACGACGUUUUCUUCGUGAAUAA